CGCCCACGGCGAUACUUGCAAACGAAGGAACCAAAACAACGUGAAGAUGCCAGACAGACAGUUUACAAAACAUCAAACAAGGAAAUAAUAGGCCGAAAAGUUCGUCAUGCGUAUAAAUUAGCAGUUUAUAUACUGUCGUAUAAACAGUGCUGAAAGCGACCAAAUAAUGGCUUACGUUACUGUGGAUUCUCUAGUGAGCCUGUGCGCUUUGAGUGUUGCUCAGCGUCCUGAGAACUAUGACGACAUCAAGCUCUUGCCUGCUGGUAUUAAAGACAAAUUAUUACGAAUUAUGUCGUCUGACUCUUAUGGCACGGUCAACGACUCCAACAUAAGUCGGCUGCUGCACUCUGAAACUCGCACAUUGGACUUGCAGAACUGCAAUGUGUCGGACUCUGCGCUUCAACAGAUUCACUGUCGGCAGUUGAGGACCAUACUGCUAAGAGGCUGUGCAGAAAUCACAUCUGAGGGUGUAGAGGUGUUGGCAUCCCAGUGCCCUUAUCUUCAGGUAGUUGAUCUCACAGGCUGUGCACUCGUGACAGAUUCAGGGAUUCAAGCACUUGCUCGACACUGCAAAUAUUUAGAAGUGAUUUCACUCCGCGGAUGCACUGCUCUCAGUGAUAAAGCCCUGCUAGAGCUGGGGGAAAACUGCAAGUUUCUCCACAGCAUCUAUUUCUCUGGGACAGAGGUAACGGACAAAGGAGUCAUUGGACUUGCAACUGGGGUUUGUUCACACAGCCUAAAGGAGUUGCAGAUGAUACGGUGUCGCAAUCUAACCGAUCUGGCUGUGACUGCUGUUCUUGCGAACUGUGCCAACAUGAGAAUUUUUAAUUUCCAUGGAUGUCCCCUCAUUACAGAUAAAUCAAGGGAGGCCCUUAACCACCUUAUUGGCCCUGACAAGAUUCAACAAGUGUCUUGGACUGUUUACUGACAUGAACUGACCAGACUACACACUCACACAUCAAAAAUCAUCAGUGUUUAAGAUAGUAAAUGAUACAAAAUUGUUUCAAUUUCACAUUAUGAAAAUAUUUAUUAUGUAAAAAUAGUGUCGUGUUCAUAUUUUGUUUGUAUUUAUAACAAUAGUGAAACCUGAUAAAUAUACAAUAAAAAUACAUGUAGUAUAUGGA